CAUUAUCGUCUACUGUGUAAAAUCGGGAAACGGAUUUCUUCAAAGUGGCUGGUACAGAUUUGGUGCUCUGUGUAACGUACAAGCGUGCCCUAGGUUGUUUGCGUUUUAAGUUCCGGGAUAAUAUUGUUGAUUUUGGUGUUUUUAGUACAUUUCGCCCCGUUAUCUGACAGUGGGGAAGAGUCAUCCUCGACGUGGACGUGGUCAGUUGGCGUGUCCCGACUUGGAGUGACGGCUGUGCAGUCCUAUGAGUCCUCCUACACAUUUUUGCACUGGCCCCUUUUCUUAUACACGAUAUCGCUAACUUUAGUUAUAGCGUGACCUAUUUACACCUUCGUUGGAAGUUGAAGACAGUCGGGAUUCAAGAUGUCUGUUGCGGGCUUGAAGAAACAGUUUUAUAAAGCCAGCCAGAUGGUAAGUGAGAAAGUCGGAGGUGCUGAAGGAACUAAACUAGAUGAUGACUUCAGAGACUUGGAACGGAAAGUUGAUGUUACCAGUAAAGCAGUAGUGGAGGUAAUCUCCAAAACAUCAGAGUACCUGCAGCCCAACCCAGCAUCACGGGCCAAACUGUCCAUGUUGAACACCAUGUCUAAGAUCCGUGGUCAGGUGAAGAACCCGGGCUACCCUCAGGCCGAGGGGCUGCUAGGAGAGUGUAUGGGGAAGUUUGGACGGGAACUUGGAGAGGAGACUAACUUUGGCGGAGCGCUAGUAGAUGUUGGAGAGGCCAUGAAGAGAUUAGCAGAAGUCAAAGACUCCCUAGAUAUCGAUGUCAAACAGAACUUCAUUGAUCCAUUGCAAGGGCUCUGUGACAAGGACCUCAGAGAGAUACAGCACCACCUGAAGAAACUGGAAGGCCGUCGCCUAGACUAUGAUUACAAGAAAAAGCGUCAGGGCAAGAUCCCCGAUGAGGAGGUUCGACAGGCCCUGGAGAAGUUUCAUGAGUCAAAAGAAGUGGCCGAGACAAGCAUGUACAACCUGCUGGAGACUGAUAUAGAGCAGGUGAGCCAGCUCUCAUCCCUGGUGGAGUCCCAGGUGCAGUACCACAGACAGGCUGUGCAGGUGCUGGAGGAGCUUUCUGACAAACUCCGAGACAGGAUGAAUGAGGCUCAGACUCGACCAAGACGUGAAUACACACCUAAACCAAAACCUAUCUUUGACUUUGGAGACGACACCCAUUCAAACGGCGGUUAUACAACCUCGAUGGCUCUGCCACCUUCACGCAACUCAGCCCCGGAGCAGCCAAGCUGUAAGGCGCUGUACGACUUUGAGCCAGAGAACGAGGGAGAGCUGGGCUUCCGCGAAGGCGAUAUCAUCACCCUGACCAAUCAGAUCGACGAGAACUGGUACGAGGGCAUGCUGAACGGCCAGUCGGGAUUCUUCCCUCUCAACUACGUCGAGGUCCUUGUUCCGUUGCCACACUAAUGUAAAGAGAGGAAGAGAGCCAAGGAGGAGACUGAUGGAGAGGAGAAGGAGAGAGCAAGUAGAUAAGUAGCGAGGGAGGAAAGUGAAGCCCAGGGAUGGUCCGCAGAAUAUUCAUUUUCACCUUCAGCUCCAUCGUCAUCAUCACAGACGAGCACUUUUUGUCAUCUGGAGUUCUGAAGAAGAUGGUCACAUUUCAAAGUCCAGACCAGAAUAUCAACCUGUUCCACCUAAAGGUAAAAGGAUCAAAGAUGGACACAAAAUGUCAUUAUCCGUUAUCUGGCAGUCAGAAACAUUUCUUGAGGACUCACUAAUGACACAUUUUUAAGCAAUAUUUUUCUUUAACCACAAAUUACUUAUAUGGUAAAGACAAUUUGUAUUGAAUCUGUUGAUUAUGCUGACUGUGGUGACACGUUCAUAUCAUCCUUUUUGUGUGACUGCAUUUAGUUUAAAACUCAGGUUGGUCACCAACUUAACGGUCAGUUUUCAGACUGAAGAGGCCAACUCAAACCUUGCAGUAAAUAUCGUGUAACUUGACUGGAUAUUAUCCUCAUUUCAAAACUGAAAACUUUGUUUGUGCCCCUGAAGGACUGGAGCUCAUCUCUUGAUGCCACCUGCUGGCGAGACGGAGAAUUACUUUUACCUAAACUACACAUGACCUAGAAAUGUAGUUUAACUAGUUGUAUCUAAAAAGAAAGAAUAUUGCAUUCACAUAAUGAGAAACAUGGGCUGAAAUUGGCCUCAUAUUUGUGAUUUAGACCCUUUUCGGGGUUGGGCCUAUUUGUAAUGCUCUUUUUAAAGAUCUAUGUCUAAGCCUUGCACAGAUGAUAGCUUCAGAAGACAACAGACCUGAUAAAGUGGUUUCCUUUUAUUGUUUCAGUAUUUGAUUUACAUUAGUCUCAACCUACUACAGUAGUUUUAAAAGUAAAUAUGUGAGAAAGUGUUGUAAUUGCACCUUGGUCCUCAAAUGAGAUUGAUGUGUGUGUGACAGACUUAUUCCACCAUUACACACAGACCCAAAGUUAAAUGCAGACGUUGCACCUUUUUGUCACUCAAGGCAGGAGUGUGUUUUUUGUCUAGAGAUGCAGAAUUAUUAUUUGUUCAGUGGUUGUCUGCUAGUCUGUUCAACAGAGGAGACAGAGCCAAAAAGUCUUUAUAAAAUGCAAUAGAAACAUAUCGCUUGCUUGUUCUGUAACACAGCCAUAUAUUCAUUUAGUUUUGGGCCUGUUUGUCUUAGUAUGUUAAGCCUUUUCCUUUAUUUUGUCUUUUGACCCGUUUUAGGCGCCUGUUAACUCCGUGCAGUGCCUGAUUAGAUUACGCUGCUGGCAGCGACUCAGUCUUUCAUAUUCGUCACUAAUUGUCCCACUAUUUCUGUCUUCCCUCUUUGAGAAUGUGAAAUUCAUGUGUGCUUUGAAACUUAUUCUGUGAUUACCCUGUGAUUCUGAUGAUUCAACGGCUCCGAUUCGAUUUAUUUGUUAGUACAUUGGGCUGAUGUAGACAGGUGUCGUUCCUGUUUAGUUAAUCUAUUUAGACAAGGCCGGUUCCUUGUUCUGGAUUUAGCCCCAGUCCACACCUGCAGAUGGAGUCCUAUCCAACAUACACUGUACAGUAUGAGGGAAAGACCUGGAGUGAAAGGGAAAACAUCAAGGGAAAAAUUAUUGUAAGCUGUCCAUUUUGACUAAUUUGGAGAACUUUUGUAACCAAACAUGAAUCCUUACCAAACAGUUAUCAUCAGUUUAGCUAAUUUUGAAUGGUCUGGGGGGGGGGGAUUGAGUUUUCAGUAGUUGUUUGCAGUAUCUUUCUGCUACAUUUCCUCUCUUCCUAUCUGUUUGUAAAUCACUCCACGCUGCCAAACACUUUCCCCACUCCUGAGUGCGGUCCUUGUCAAAUAUGUUUACAUCUCUGAUCUUACUACAUUUGAAUGCUUGUAUCAAGUUCAGGGCAAAGUUAAAGGACUUUAUGAGGUGCUGUCUAGAUCACACUGUUAUCAAAAAAAAUGUCCUUGCUAGAUUUGUUUUAGUGCCUUUGGACAAGAACAGAGGGAAAGUACUGCAACUAACACAGCAACCAAAACCUAACCUAGCUACUUAAGAACAUGCUCAAGAAUUUCUUUUCUACUUUUGGUUUUAUUUCUAGCCGUUGGCACUUUCCUGUGUAAAGAUGAAAUACAUGUGUGCACAUUUCUGCACAUUUCUGACACUACCGGCAGUUUGGUGUUGUUGUUUAGACUAAUGUGAAGUGUAUCAGCAGACCACCAGUGGAAACUGUUUUUUAUGUAGAUUUUAAUCCGUGUUUGAAAAAAUUGUCCCACUCAUUUCUUUUUUUAAAGGGCUAUGUAUUUGUUAAUCAGUCUUAAAUGCUCCUCUGAACAGCAUUAAAUCAUUCUGGCUCUCUGUAGUAUUAUUUUUUAUAUACAAGACCUUAUAACAUUUAAAUUAAUCUUUGCAUGUAGUCCUAUAUUACACCUUGUAAAUGUAUUUCUUAGAUUUCAGUUGCCUUUUUACUUUUGGUAUGAGUACAGAAUUUAACCGCAAUGUUUUGUCUUUUAUUAUCAAAGUAUUUGUACGUGCUUCUUUCUUGUCCCCCACCUCCCCCUUCUUUCAAUAAAUAAAAAAGAAAAAUG